AUGGCUACCUCCGAAAAAGUCACCCCGCAGACUCAAAUCAGUCUUGCCGGAAAGGUCAUUGCCAUCACCGGUGCGAACCGCGGUAUCGGUCUCGGUAUUGCAGAAUGCUGCCUCGUCAACGGCGCCGAGCGAGUCUACUCCAUCGACAUUGGCGAAACCGGUGAUGACUUUAAGGCUAUCUCCGAGCGCUUCCCCAACAAGCUGUACGCAAUCAAGGCAAAUGUUACUCAAGAAGAAACCAUCACUGCAGCGGUCGAGCAGAUCGUUUCUGAGGCAGGUGCUAUCCACGGUAUGGUGGUUAACGCUGGACGAACCCACCACAAGGCAGCUCUUGACUUCACCAAGGACGAGUUUGAGAGCUUAUUCACUAUUAACCUAUUCGGCGCAUUUUACUCUGCUCGCGCGGCUGCUCGCGCGUUUAUCAAGUUGGGUAUCAAGGGUUCGAUUGUUUUCACUGCCUCCAUGGCUUCAUACAGACCUAACAAGAGAGUUCCCUCUGCCCCCUACGGCGCCACCAAAGCCGGUGUGCGCAACAUGACACACACCUUGGCCAUGGAAUGGGCCCAAUACGGCAUCCGCGUCAAUAGCGUUUCCCCGGGUCUGGUCCAGACCGCCAUGACAUACUGGGUUCCUCAACAGCCCGAUUGGGAACAACAACUCAAGUACUACGGCGGUAUACCUCGACUUGCUGAGGUACAAGAGUUGGGUGGUGCAUAUGUGUAUUUGUUGAGUGAGGCGGCGAGUUAUACGACUUCGAUUGAUAUACCUGUCAACGGUGUUAUUGGAAUCUGCUAA